AUGGCUUUUUCUUGGCGUGGCGCCUCCCCUCGUCUGCUUGAGUCGCUCCUGCUCCUCUCCCUCAGCGUCUUGCGGAUCGACGCGCGCCACGGCUCCGAGAUAGCCGUUGCGGGCGCUCAUUCCCGCAGCAGCAUUCCCGGAGAUGCCUCGAAUUCCCACCAGCAGUUCGACUCGCAAUCACCCGAGGUCGGAGCAUCCGGGGGGCGCCAGAACGAUCCAUCAGCCGCCAGCGGCGGCGGAGGGGCAGCCAACGCGGGAAGCAACGGCGCGGAGUCGAUUGCGGAGUGGAAGCGGCGAUCAGCGGAAGCGGGCGCGCACUUCUUCCCCCUGCAGCGCGCGGAAGACGCCCCCAGCAGGGACGAGCUGCACCGCCGGAUUCUCGCGUCCAGAGGCGUGGGGGGCGGCUUGAAGGACAAAGGAGAGGCAGGCAAAGUAUCGAAGGAUGUGGGGUAUCCCCUGCCGCCGCUGGAGUACGACAGCACGCUGCUCUCAACGGCCAACGGCACAAUGGGCAACACCAUGGUCAACUACAGCACCCCCAUCGAUAACAACCACAUCCGCCUCCUGUAUGCUCCGCACCGUGCCCCUCUCGCUGCGUGCCACUCGCCGCAUCCCUCUCGCUGCAUGCCACUCGCCGCACCCCUUCAACCUCGCUCUUCUGUGACCUUUCGUCCCUUUCUGCCCUUCCUCCCCUCACCCCACCCACCGUCGCUCGUGUGGCCCCACCAGAGUACGCCCAGCAGCAAGCCCUUCAGCACGCUCGCCUCCACAACCCUCAAGUACAUCUCCUGCGUGGACCAGCGCUGCAUGGGGGGCUCUGACUAUGACACCUACGGCUGCAACACGGAGGGGCUCCCCAACUACCUCAACACCACGGGCCUGCUGCCUGGGGACGACGCCCUGUGUGUGUACAAUGCGAAUGCAGCUCGCUACGACUACUAUGAAGCUGACGCUGUUGAAGGUUCUUCUUACCUUCAGUCAACGGGGCAUGUGGUAGAGGACACGGUCUACCUCACUGCACCUGAUGGUACCGAAGUCAACCGAUCCAUCGUUUUUGGCUGUGGAGUGAACCAGAAGGGCUACUGGGGCAUGCAGGGGUGGCAGUACGGCUCGUGGGCGGCAGGAGGCGUGCUGGGGCUGGGGUGGUACAGCCCCUUCCUCUAUGAGCUCACCGCCAUUGAUGCCCCAAGCUCCUUCGCGAUGUGUCUGGAGGAGCCGUUGCCGACAAACAAGACGGGGUGGGAUGGCAAGGUGCCGCUGCAGACAGGCAGCAGCCAUCUCACCAUCGGAGCCACCGGCCUCCCUGCCGGCGCCAGCUACGCCUCCUUGCUUUACCUGGCCGGAAUGCAGUACAGCCACAUCACACUCACCACGGCUAAGCGCGCCCUCAACAUCACAGACGACCCGGCAUACGUAGACCCAGGCUCCUAUCUGCCUGCGGAUUUUCCAAAGAACGCCACGCCGGGUUUCCUCUUCAUGCCCGAGUCCUUCGUGCAUCUCCUGCGCUACCCUCUCUUCAUGAGCCUGGUCAACGCGGUACGUGCUCCUCACCCUGCGUCUGCCUGCGUGUGCCUGUGCCUGCCUGCGUGUGCCUGUGCCUGCCUGCGUGUGCCUGUGCCUGCCUGCGUGUGCCUGUGUCUGCCUGCGUGUGCCUGUGCCUGCCUGCGUGUGCCUCUGCCUGUGCCUGCGUGUGCCUCUGCCUGCCUGCGUGUGCCUGUGCCUGCCUGCGUGUGCCUCUGCCUGUGCCUGCGUGUGCCUCUGCCUGCCUGCGUGUGCCUCUGCCUGUGCCUGCGUGUGCCUCUGCCUGCCUGCGUGUGCCUCUGCCUGUGCCUGCGUGUCUGUCUGAGAGCCUGGCGGUCCCAAGGCCAUGUGAAGGCUAGCCAAGUGGAACCAGUGAGUGGUGCUGGCAUGACCCCGCAUGCUGCUUGUAUGCGCUCUGCUGCGAGCUGUCUCAAGCUGCUAGGUCUAGUAUUCUCUCGCUGUGAUGACUCUUUAGAGCACCCCACAUGCCAAGGGGGCAUCCCAUAA